UACCCUUUACAGAGAGUGAUACUAAUCAAUGAGAACCAAGCAAUGGAAUUGGAUUGGAUCAGGAGGCUGAAUGUUGUGAAAGGGGUGGCUAAUGCUCUGUUCUAUAUGCACCAUGAUUGCUCACCUCCAAUAAUUCACCGUGACAUUUCUAGCAAAAACGCUCUCCUGGAUUCAGAAGUCGAAGCUCAUGUCUCUGAUUUUGGCACGACCAACUUUUUAAAGCCUAAUUCUUCUAGCUUAACCUCCCUUGCAGUUGCAGGAACUUUGGGAUAUAUGGCUUCAGCUUUGGCGUUCUAACACUUGAGAUAAUGAGAGGCAAUCAUCCUGGUGAUCUCAUCUUGGCUCUGUUUUCAUCCUCAUCCUCAUCGCUGAUCACUCGCCAUACAUUGCUGAGUGAUGUGGUAGACUAACGCCUCCGACCUCCCAGAAGUCGAGUUGCAGAAGGUGUGGUCUCUACUGUACAACUAGCACUUGCAUGUUUGCAUGCUAAUCCACAAAAUUGACCAACCAUGCAAAAUAUUUCUUCCGCACUUACAACUCAAUUGCCUCCACUUUCCAAGCCAUUCUCCUUGAUAGAAUUGGGAGAGCUCAUUGCCCACUGAAGCCCCCGAAGACUAAGCCUUUCAUAAAAUCUUGGUCACUGUGUAUCUUUUCUGCUGAUCUCUUUCUUGUUUGGUUUAAUUUCCAUGUAAUCUGCUUUUCUGCAUAUGAAAUGAGAAAUGAAACUUGUAGGUUUUCUUCA